AUGGAUAUCUGGAAAGAUGCUUGUGACUCCUUGGUCCCUUCCCUACAGCACAGCUUGGAUGAGGUCUUAGGUAAACAGAGAGAGCAACAGUCUGAUACUGCUACCCCCCACCAGAGGCAGCAACAGCUCUUGACUACCAUCCUCAAACAGGCAGAGGAAAAACGAAAGCUAAGUCUUCACAAGAGGUGGAAGGUGGAUAUUCAUGGAAAAAGCAUCGUUAUUCGAGAUGUCUUUGAAAAAAUCAUCACCUGGGUCAAUAGAUUCAAGACACUACAUCCACCAUCUCUUACUGUUCACCUUCCAUGGGCUGGUGUCAGCUCGUUGAUUGUUGUGGCCCUGACUGACAAGCAGUGUUUCGAGUACACCGUCGACGGCCUCGAAGUUGUUUCACAUUACAUUGUCUGCUAUGCGGCUUUCGAGCCCACCUAUUUGCUUCCAGGGCUUCCUUUCCAGUCGGAACUUCAGAGCGCAGUUACCAACCUUUACACCCUAAUCCUCAACUUCCUGGCCAACGGGGUCAAUUUCUUCGAGCAGUCGGCGUCCGACCGCAUCCGGAAAUGUCACUUCCAGGAUUCUCAGAGAGAGGUAAUUGAAAAGAUUAGACAGGCAGAUGCGGAAGCCAUGGAGCUGGCCACUAAGGUCCACUCGGAUGCACAGUGGGGAAUGAUGCCCGGAGUACAUGAACGCUAUAGGGUUCUCAAGUCUCUUCAGCACCCCAUCCGUCGUCUGCUUGACGUAUCCACUGUCCACGCCAAAAUAUUCGAGGAGGAAGAUCUCCAUCGCAUUAAUCAGUGGCUGUUGUCUCCCUUCACCAAUAAUCCUGAGUAUCUGGCCUGGAAGGAAUUCAGCUGCUCGUCUGUCCUGCUGCUACAUGGUAUUCCAGAAUCCGGUAAGACCUUCUUAGUCUCUGCAGUAAUCGAUAGCUUUCUGGAAGAAAUGUCGAUAAAUUCUCCGAGCGCUCCAUUGGCGUACUAUUACUGCGGGGAUAGUCGACUGGGCAGAGCUUGGGCGGAUCCGGAGGACGUGCUUCGAAGUCUUACCCGACAACUCGCAAUUGUCGACACAGCAUCAUUUACGGUCCAUGGGCAGGUACCACUCGAAUACCGGCGCAAAGAAGCUGAAGCCAGACUGGAUGGGUUUGAACUGCCUAGUCUUGGCGGUCGCGAGUGCACUGAUCUGAUCCUCAACAUAUUAGGCACCAAUUCGGCUGUGAUGGUUGUUGACGGAGUGGACGAAAUUGAGAAUUCCCGACGGCAUGAAUUAAUUGAUGCACUGGAUAGAAUUCGCCGUGAAUCUGCCAGCGUAGUGAAAAUCUUCAUCUCCAGCCGAGACAACAGCUGGAUCCUGGCCGGGAUGCCAGACGCUCUGCUGCUAGGAACACAGGAGGUCAAUACUCGCUUUGGAAUGGAGACGUACAUAAGUCAACGCGUAAUACAUGCGACGAGAACAAAGUAUCUCCUGAACGGAAUUUAUGUGGAUAAUCUCCGAGAGAAGUCUAUCAACUUCUCUCGGAGGUCAGCGGACGGAACGUUUCUCUCAAUUAACCUUCGAUUUGAAGCUAUUUGCAAACUUCAAUCGAUGGCCAGUGUGGAACAAGCCAUCGAAAGCUUACCCGAAGUAUCGCGGACCAUCGACUCUUUAUACUCGGACAUUCUCAACCGAAUCAGAUGUGAAAAUCCCCAAGCAUAUGAUGUUGCAACCAGAGUCUUCUCCUGGCUUCUAUGCAUGUAUGAGCCGCUGUCGCCUUCUGCGAUAAUGAAAGCCAUAUCAACAUAUUUCCCGGGUAAUUUCCAAUUUUUGCUUCCUAAUCUAUUGAAAACCUGCUCCAAUCUGGUGGUUCACGACAAGAAGAUAGCACAUGAUUGUCUGUCAGUAUGCGCUCGAAAUCUGCCCCUUAAUGUUGGUCCCGUCGAGCAACCCGCACGUAAUUUUCCACUAUAUGCGGCGAUGUACUGGCCACGGCAUGUUGAGGCUGCAUUGGAAGUGGAGCAAAGUCCUAGUAGUGAUCUUAGGCGAGAACUGAGAUCCUUCGUGUUCAAGGCCGAUGGGCGAUUGGGUAUCAAAUUUGAACAAUGGCUUCAAACUGCACAGCAAGUGGCGGACUUCGUUCCAGCUAACCACCCGUUGAAAAUGAACUUGGGGCAGUAA